AUGAGCAUCGAGGGCGGCAACUACCGCAGGAUACGCAACUUCGAGGAUCGAGCGUGAGUCUCUCAAUUUCAAUUCUUCGGGGAGGGGGCGCCUGAUUACGGCUCAUACACGAUUCAUAAGAGUGUCGGCGACGUCGGAAUCGGAUAUCAGAUCAAAAAUGUAUAUGUUGCAGAUGUGCCAAAGAGUGCAUCGAAGAUUUCUCUUGCUUCGGAUACGAAUGGAAUAGCGAGGAAAGAGUGUGCUACCUGAAAUCACGGAGCACUUCCGGAAAGCUGGUUGCCAAACAGAAUACCCUCGUCGGCUUUUGUCAGGAUGAUGGUGAGAGACGGAAGUGGAACUGAUUGCUCGAAUGUAAACUGGUUUAGAAGAUGAAGUACGGUAUCGCCUUCAAGAUCACGUUAUUAUCGGACCAAUUAUUCUGGAAGCUGAUGAUGUGCCGGAUGGAGAGGAAUGCAAGGAGAAUUGCAAGAAAGUGGGAGCUCUCUACUUCAGUUGGAGGCCCAACGAGAGCCAAAUGAGCAAUGUUGUACCUUCGGAAGGAGACGAUGACGAGGAAGAGCAAAGACUUGGUGAGAUCGGAUCCUAAUCAUUAACUGAUCAUCAUCAGAGUGUAUUUCAGGACACUGCAAGUGCAUCAGCACAAUGAACGAGGUCCGAUUGGAGUACGACGCGUUCUCCGGCUUCAUCGGAUUGCCGAAGCACAAGCACCGCCGCAGCAUCUACCUGCGCGCCUUCGGAAUCUGA